AUGACUUAUCUUCUAGUUGGCCUAUUGACAUUUGUGCUGUGCAUUCAUUUCGGCAAUGCAGCCUACAAAUUGCAAGAACGUUUCAAUUGGAAACAGCUGGAUUUUGCUUUUCCCAAUGAGAAUUUGAAACAACAGGCGCUGGCAAGUGGUGAUUACAUUCCACAAAAUGCCUUACCCGUGGGCGUUGAACAUUGGCAGAAUCGUUUAUUUGUGACCAUACCCCGUUGGAGAGAUGGUAUACCAGCCACAUUGACUUAUAUCAAUAUGGAUCAUAGUGUUACCGGUUCUCCAGCAUUGAUACCCUAUCCCGAUUGGCGUUCGAAUACGGCUGGUGAUUGUGCGAAUAGCAUAACCACAGCUUAUCGUAUUAAGGUUGAUGAAUGCGGUCGUUUGUGGGUUUUGGAUACUGGCACCUUGGGUAUUGGUAACACCACCACCAACCCCUGCCCAUAUGCCGUGAAUGUCUUCGAUUUGGCAACACACACACGUAUACGCCGCUACGAGUUGAGACCAGAGGAUACCAAUGCCAAUACUUUCAUCGCCAACAUUGCUGUGGAUAUUGGCAAGAGUUGUGAUGAUGCCUUCGCCUAUUUCUCGGAUGAAUUGGGUUAUGGCCUGAUUGCCUAUUCGUGGGAACAAAAUAAAUCAUGGCGUUUCUCGGGACAUUCGUACUUCUUCCCCGAUCCCUUGAGAGGUGAUUAUAACAUUGCUGGCCUCAAUUUCCAAUGGGGUGAAGAGGGUAUUUUCGGUAUGGCUUUGUCACCCAUUAGGUCUGAUGGCUUCCGUACCAUGUAUUUCAGCCCCUUGGCCAGUCACCGACAAUUCGCUGUGUCCACUCGCAUUUUGCGUGAUGAGACACGUGUUGAGGACAGUUAUCAUGAUUUCAUUGCUUUGGAUGAACGUGGACCCAACUCCCACACUACGGCCCGUGUUAUGAGCGACGAUGGUGUUGAGUUGUUCAAUUUAAUCGAUCAAAAUGCUGUCGGCUGCUGGCAUUCAUCCAUGCCAUACUCACCCCAAUUCCAUGGUAUUGUGGAUCGUGAUGAUGUCGGUCUUGUCUUCCCUGCCGAUGUUAAAAUCGAUGAAAACAAAGAUGUUUGGGUACUCUCCGAUCGUAUGCCGGUGUUUUUACUCUCCGAAUUGGAUUAUAAUGAUGUGAAUUUCCGUAUCUAUACUGCACCUCUGAGUACCUUGAUUGAAGGAACUGUCUGCGACCAACGUAGCAAUGUAUAUGGUCCCCACAACUCGGUGGCAGCCGUUAAGCCACAACAACCGCUAUAUCCCAAGACAUACUUAAGCCCCUCACCCAAACCAACCUAUGUUUCAAUUCCAUCAGUCCGCCCAUCCUAUCUACCACCCUAUAGUGGCUCUCAGCGCCUAAAUGUUCCUAAUGCCUUUUUGUAUAACCAACAACAACACAAUGCCCUUACCUAUGAGCCCGCCAAUGGUCCACAUCUAUUUCCGGCGAUAGCACAAAUCCAACAGAUACAACAUCCCGCACCAGCCCCAGCCCGUGAAGGUUUGGGUAGUUAUGCCACAUCACGUGCCGCACCCUGGUGGCAGCGACAUCAUUAGGUUACCAUCAUC